UUGUAACUUUCUCCUCUGAAAGUUUUGAAAUGUUUGUAUCAUCAUUUGAUAAUAUCCUAUUAAAAAGGAAAAAGAAAGAAAAUAGGACCAGACUUUCUCUGUGACAUAGUUGAAGAAACACAAAGGAAAGUCCGAAGAAUCAAAUCAAAGCAAGAGAAUGAGCUCUCCCGAUGGUCGCGUUUUCCAGAUCGAGAACGCCGCCAAAGCCGUCGAUAACAGCGGGACUGUCACAGGAAUUAAAUGCAAAGAUGAGAUUGUUAUGGGAGUGGAGAAGCUAAUUGCGUCGAAGAGUUCUAAUAGAAGAAUCCAUUCUGUUCAUCGGCAUUUUGGCAUGAUGGUUAAUCGAUAUUGGAUCACUUUCUAUCUUGUGCUUUCAUGUCUUGUUAAAGUUUUGAAUGCCAGUGCUGGUGAUGCUGAUCCUCUAUACAGGGCCUGUGUUGGACAAUGUGAAAAAACUGGCUGUGUUGGGGAAAGAUGCUUUCAACAUUGCAAAUUUUCUUCAGAUGGUAUCUCAAUCGAUGGUCCAUGGUACAUGCAAGAACCUCUUUAUUUACGAUGGAAGAUAUGGGAUUGUCAAAGUGACUGUCGCUACAAUUGUAUGGUUGACAGAGAGAAAGAAAGAGAUGCACUUGGUAAUGGACCUGUUAAGUACCAUGGUAAAUGGCCAUUCAAACGGAUUUAUGGUAUUCAGGAGCCAGCAUCUGUGGCUUUCUCUGCUCUCAACCUUGCAAUGCAUUUCCAUGGUUGGCUUUCCUUUUUCAUUCUUCUAUACUAUAGAUUACCUCUAAAACAGAACAAGAAGGCAUACUAUGAAUUUUCCACUUUGUGGCACAUCUAUGCGCUCUUAUCAUUGAACUCUUGGUUCUGGAGUGCAAUUUUUCAUAGUCGUGAUGUGGACUUGACAGAGAAGUUAGACUACUCAUCUGCAGUGGCAUUACUUGGUUACUCACUCAUUUUGGCUAUACUAAGAUGUUUUAAUGUGAGAGAUGAGGCUGCUAGAGUCAUGGUUGCUGCUCCGCUACUUGCUUUUGUUACUACCCAUAUAUUGUACCUCAACUUCUAUAAACUAGACUAUGGAUGGAACAUGAAAGUUUGUGUUGUCAUGGCAGUGGCUCAGCUUCUCAUCUGGGCAAUUUGGGCCGGUGUCAGUCAGCAUCCUUCUCGGUGGAAGUUGUGGACAGUAGUCUUUGGAGGCGGCUUGGCAAUGCUCUUAGAAAUCUAUGACUUCCCUCCAUAUUAUGGUUUUUUGGACGCACACGCUCUCUGGCAUGCGACUACUAUCCCUCUUACCUAUGUUUGGUGGAGUUUUAUCAAAGAUGACGCAGAGUUCCAAACCUCUAAUUUACUUAAGAAGGUAAAAUAGCUUUCUCCAAGAAGUAAACCAUUAUGAUGUCUUUGUGCUCUGAUCAAGAUAGAUGCUAGAGGAAUCUCAUUGUAUUUUCUUUUCAAAAUGCAGUUUGAAAUUCCAUUUGGGUUUGUGGAAAUCAGUUUUUGACAUGAAAAUAUAAUUUUUUGAUAGCUUGAUCCAUUGUGUUGAAGUGUUUAUUUA